AUGUUUCCUUCGCGCAGAGCUUUAAAGAUGAACGUGUGGAUGCUCCUGACUUUCACUGCGCUGGCUGAAUGUGCCCACUCUUGCCCCGAUCUGUGCUCCUGUUCCUUUACACCUUCUAGUGUAGAGGUGGUGUGCAGCCAAAGCGCCCUUACACAUUUCCCUGUCGAUGGUUUGACCUCCAACACCACUCGCCUAUCCAUCCAAUCCACCAACCUCAGCAGCAUUACAGCCAGCCACUUGAGUGCCGUGCCCUUUUUAAACAACCUCCAGCUGUAUCACACCAACCUAAAAAGCCUUCCUUCAGAUCUCCUGAAGAACGUGCCUCACUUGACCGUGUUGGAUCUCACAGGAAAUCAGCUGGUUCAUCUUCCUCCUAAUGUCUUCCGCCAUGACUCACUUUGUAGUCUUGUGCUGAAGGAUAAUCUGAUCGAAACAGCCGACGCUGAGUGGUUUUCUGGCAACAGCAGCAUCACCUGGUUGGAUUUGUCUGGAAACCGUUUAACUGUUGUACCCGCCGCUCUUCUCCAGAAGCUGCCCAGGCUGGAGAAUCUAGACUUUAGUGAUAACAAUCUGCGAGAUCUACAACCCGCCUCCCUAAGGAACCUGCGCCGCCUGGAGACGCUGAAUCUCGCCAGUAACAACUUAAGCUCCUUGAAACCGACAAUCUUCAGCCACAACCUGAAACUAUCUCAACUGUUUUUGCAAGAUAAUCAGCUCCAAGAGCUGCCAGGGACCCUCCCAGGUCUUCAACAUCUCGAACUUCUGCUGCUCAACCAGAAUCAGCUGCAGCGUUCGCCCUUGGGGCUACUGGAUGACAGAAAAUCCUCUUUCCGGAUUGUUUUAGGAGGAAAUCCCUGGGUGUGCGACGAGAAGAUGGAGUAUCUGUGGAAGUGGCUAGCUGUCCAUCCUCAAAAUGUCCUCUUCUUGGAGGAGGUGACAUGUGCACGGCCUGGAGCUCUUAAACACAGGCAAGUGGUCUCUUUAACUAGCGGUGAACUUGGACUUCACACAAUUCAAAAUCAGUGA